GGUCAUGAGGUGUGGCUGGGCCUUGAGGGACGGAUCUGGUGGCCCUGAGAGGGUGAGGUGUCCUUGGGCCAGGCUGUAGCCCACGGAGCCUCUGGUCUCAGCUGCCCGGGGUUGCCUACUGCGACUGCUUCCUCACCCUGUCUUCGGGGAAGGUAGACGUGAGGCUGAUACCCGAAGAUGGCGCCCGCAUCAGAAGGUGGCGCUGAAGCCUUGCUGCCAGAUCUCCCCAAGGGGCCCCUGCAGGCCUACCGCUCCCGCGCCUCCUUCUGCUGGAAGGAGCUGGCGCUGUUCCUGGAAGGCGAGGACGUGCUGCGUCUGAAGAAGACCAUCUUCUCGACUUUGGAGAAUGACCCACUCUUUGCUCAUUCCCAUGGGGAAGAACUGUGCCUGGAGAAGUGCCGGGAGCUGAGCUUCCUCCGUUGCCAGCGCCUCCUGGAACUCAGCUUCCUCUCCAUGCAAGACAUGGUGGCGAGCCCCUUGUUGGUCCAGACGCUCGUCGCCUGUCUGGGCAUGUAUGACUGGUCCCUGGGCAUCAAGUUCUUGCUGCACAUGCUGACUUUUGGAUCAGCGAUUUACAACUCUGGUUCUAAAAGACAUUUAAAAUACCUUCCAAAGAUCUUCAACAUGGAGAUUUUCGGCUGCUUUGCAGUGACUGAGCUCAGUCACGGCAGUAAUGCCAAGGCCGUCCGAACAACAGCUCACUAUGACCCCACAACCGAGGAAUUCAUCAUACACACCCCCGACUUUGAAGCUGCCAAAUUCUGGGUUGGCAACAUGGGCAAGACGGCGACACACGCCGUGGUGUUCGCUCAGCUGUACACGCCAGGGGGCCAGUGCCACGGCCUGCAUUCCUUCGUGGUGCAGAUUCGGGACCCCAAGACUCUUCUUCCCAUGCCGGGGGUGAUGGUUGGCGACAUGGGGAAGAAGCUGGGGCUGAACGGUGUGGACAACGGAUUUGCCAUGUUCCACAAAGUUCGAAUUCCUCGCCAAGACCUCCUGAACCGGACUGGAGACGUCACCCCCGAGGGUACCUACGUCACCCCCUUUAAGGAUGACAAACAGCGCUUCGGGGCGUCCCUGGGCACCUUGUCCUUCGGCCGGGUUGCCAUCGUGGGCAUGUCCAUCGUGAACUUAAAGCUGGCUGUCUCCAUCGCGCUCCGUUUCUCAGCCACCCGCUGUCAGUUUGGGCCCACGGACGGGGAGGAAGUCCCGGUGCUCGAGUAUCAGAUGCAGCAAUGGCGCUUGCUUCCCUAUCUGGCUGCCAUCUACGCCUUGGACCACUUCUCGAAAUCGCUCUUCCUGGACCUGGCAGAGCUGCAGCAAGGCCUCUCGGGGACCGACCACAGCGCCAGGCAGGCAGAGCUCGGACGUGAGAUCCACGCCUUGGCGUCGGCGGGCAAGCCGCUGGCCUCAUGGACCGCCCAGCGGGGAAUUCAGGAAUGCCGGGAGGCGUGUGGAGGACAUGGCUAUCUGGCCGUGAACCGUCUGGGUGACCUCCGGAAUGACAACGACCCUAACUGCACGUACGAAGGGGAUAACAACGUCCUGCUGCAGCAAACCAGCAGCUACCUGCUCAGCCUGCUGGCUCGCCACGUCCAAGGUGGUGCUCGCAUCGAGAGCCCUCUGAGGACGGUGGACUUUCUGGAAGCCUACCCUGAUAUCCUUGGCCGGAGGUUCACAUGCCCGAGCGUUGACGGCUGCUUGGACUCUGCAGUCCCCCUUGCAGCGUACGAGUGGUUGGUUUGUUACCUGCUCCGUGAGAGUCAUCAGAAAUUAACUCAGGAGAAAAGAUCAGGAAGCAAUGACUUUGAAGCAAGAAACAACAGUCAAGUGUACUACUGCCGUCCCCUGGCCCUCGCAUUCCUGGAGCUCACUGUGGUGCGGCGGUUCCACGAGUACACACACCAACCCCACGUGCCGCCUGGGCUGCGGGCCGUGCUGGGCCGCCUCAGUGCCCUCUACGCCCUGUGGUCCCUGAGCCAGCACACAGCCCUGCUCUACCAAGGUGGCUACUUCUCUGGUGAGCGAGCUGGUAAAAUGAUCCAGAAUGCCAUCCUGGACCUGUGCUCAAAGCUGAAAGACGAUGCGGUUGCCCUGGUGGACGUGAUCGCCCCUCCCGACUUUGUCCUGGACUCACCGAUUGGCAGAGCUGACGGCGAGCUCUAUAAAAACCUCUGGACUGCUGUCCUUCUGGAAAGCAAAGUGCUGGAGAGGCCAUCGUGGUGGCCGGAGUUUUCCAGCAGGAAGCCCCGCAUGGGAAGUUUGAAAUCAAAGCUAUAG